AGGGGUUUAGAAACUCCACCGUCUGGCGAAAUCUUGGCGGAGCCGUUCUUCCUCAACAGACGAAAUGUCGGAAUUGCAUAACAUCAUCGACCAAACAAACUCGAGCACUCAAGAAACCACAGUUCCCGACAACUCAGAACACCAGCAACAGGAACCCGUACGAGAAAACGAAGAUGAUGGAGAACACGAGUUACAUAAGCUUCUGCUCCCCGAUGUUCAUCACCUCCCUUUCACACCUCCGUCUGCUGUCGAAUCAAACUUCGUCUCCUACUUCGCUCCAGAUUUUAUGAAGCCGGGACACGAUCAGUACGUUUACCGCCACGCCAAUGGAUUAUGUGUGAUUGGCUUGGCUUCUACACAUGUAGCGUUUAAGGAUAAAGGUGGAAUCACAGCCGUUGAUUUCAAUGUUGGCAAGUCUGAUCGGAGUGGGAUUAAGGUCACCGGAAAGCGGAAGAAGAAUGCACAGCAUUUUGAGUCCAAUACAGCUUUGUGUAAAGUUUGCACUAGUGAUGCUUCUUACAUUGUGAGGUGUUGUGUUAAAGGCUCUCUGUUGGAAGUUAAUGAUAGAUUGGUGAAACAGCCAGAGCUGCUCAAUUCAUCGGCAGAGAGAGAAGGAUACAUAGCCAUCAUUAUGCCAAAACCAGCAGACUGGCUAAAGGUUAAGGCUUCCUUACUAGGGCUUGAAGAAUACAAGAAAUUAAGAUCACUGUGCUGACCUAUCCCUAGAAAUGGUUGUUACUGAAACUCAAGAAAACGAGAAAUAUCCAGUAAAUUCAGCUCCAUAACCAAAUCUGCACAGAAGGGAACCCUUUCGCCAUCAGCAAUUGAUACACAGCAUUUUUCCAGGUUCAGGUCGUUACCGUGGUUGACAAUUGACAAGGCUGAUAACUUGAUGUUUUGUUUGACUUCUAUCAAUCACAAUGUGAAAGAGAUGAACUGUAAAACAGCACUUCUGUAUUCUUUUCAAUAAUAAUUAAAUUAGAUUUUACAUU